AUGCCACCUGAUAGAAAAAUUGAGUUUGUGGUAGAUCUUGUUCUUGAAACUACCCCAAUCUCAAAAGCACUCUGUAGGAUGGCGCCAGCUGAAUUGAAGAAGCUGAGGGCACAGUUGCAGGAUCUGUUGGACAAAGGAUACCAUCAGCUCAAGAUUAAGCUUGAGGAUGUGUCAAAGAUGGCUUUUCGAACAAGAUAUGGACAUUACGAGUUUACUGUUAUGCCAUUUGUCGUGGUGUUCAUCGACGGCAUACUGAUUUACUCCCGAAAUGACAAGAAGUAUGAAAAUUAUUUGAGAUUGGUGUUACAAGUGCUUCGAGAAAAGAAGCUCUUUGCUAAGUCGAAGAAAUGUGAGUUUUGGCUCUGCGAAGUAGCAUUUCUGGGACAUGUGAUUUCAGAAGCUGGUAUAGCCGUAGAUCCUAGAAAGAUUGAAGCAAUCAAGGAUUGGCCUAGACUGACUAAUGUCACCGAGAUUCGGAGUUUUCUCGAUCUAGCAGGAUACUACUGGAGGUUCGUUGAGAGCUUUGCUAAGUUAUCUACUCCCCUCACGCGGCUUACACAUAAAGGCACCAAGUUUGUGUGGAAUGACAUGUGUGAUAGAAGCUUUCAAGAAUUGAAAGAACGGUUGACAACCGCCCCGAUUUUGGCAUUGCCGAUUACUAGAGUAGGGUAUGUGAUUUACAGUGAUACUUCAUUUAGUGGAUUCGGAUGCGUUUUGAUGCAGAACAGAAAGGUGAUUGCUUGUGCUUCUCGCUAA